GUUGCCCGGGAGACCGGGGCUGUUUACCAGUGGGACAGAGCCGGGCACAGGCGGCGGAUGGAGCGGAACGGCGAGGGGUCUUGAGAAGCAAUGGCCACAGAAGCCCCUGUGAACGUAGCGCCACCUGAGUGCAGCUCUGUUGUCAGCACGGCAGCUGACAACCUCCUUUGGCAGCCAGACUCACUCAAGAGGCACAUGAUAAGGCCCAAGUCUGCCAAGGGACGGACAAGACCGAGUCUGCAGAAACCCCAGGGCACGGAGGUGUGCUCUCAUCACGUGCCACCUUCUCCGCCUCCAGCCAUUCCCUACGAGUCUCCAAGCAGCCAAAAACCAGGCGCCUGUCCACCCAAAUCGCCAAGCCAGGGAGUCUCUGAUGAGAUCCCUGAGCUGCUGCAGCAAGUGCCCAUUGGGGGUUCCUCUUCUCUCAAUAAGUAUCCAGUCCUUCCUUCCAUCAACAGAAAGAUCCUGGAGGAGGAGGCUGUGGAAACAGUCGCGGAAAAGGCCAGCUCGCUGCAACUGAGCAGCACCCGGGCUCUCGACCAAGAGGAGACCCGCGCAAGAGAAGAAGAUUCCAGAGCUCGUGCUUGUACCAUAGAGAGGAAAUUCAAGAGACAGGGCUCGCGCAGGGCCGGAAACCUGGAGGAACCAUCGGACCAAGAACCCAGGUUGCUGCUUGCCGUCAGAUCACCAACGGGCCAAAGGUUUGUACGCCAUUUCCGGCCAACUGAUGAUUUGCAAACCAUUGUUGCUGUGGCCGAACAGAAGAACAAAACCUCCUACCAACACUGCAGCAUUGAAACAAUGGAGGUGCCCAGGAGACAUUUUUCUGACCUCACCAAAUCUCUGCAAGAGUGCAGGAUCCCCCACAAGUCUGUGCUGGGCAUCUCGCUGGAAGACAGGAAAGGGUGGCCCUGAGUCCACAGCCACCCAGCUGGGGUCCUGGGUCUCUGAGCAAGGAGCGCGCUUGGGCUUUGUAGCCUCCCAAGCAGCCUGUUUCAAGUGCCAUAUGGACCUCGUGCAGCUGGGAAGCUUGGGACUCUCGUCUCCACUGCGUGUCCUCUGAAGCAGUGAAAUCUGAGCCUGCGCCGAGCGCGCUAAGAAGGCUCCCUUCCAGCUGUUCCAUUCUCUCCGCCAGCAGAAUAAACUGGCAAGUUACCAAGGCUGUUCCUGAAACAGCAGUAAUCACCACUUCUCCUUUCCAGAGUUUUGGGUCCUUCUAAACUAACGGUCCCUUUGGAACACCUGCUUGCCUCUACCAUGAACUCUGAUUCUCUUGCAAUGCUUUCCUUACUGUAUUUGAUGCAGGAUUAAACACUCCCCAGAGGGAUUCUAGUCUGGUAAAUAACCAGGGUGUAGGAACUAUCUAACUGGCAUUUGUGUUUCUUGCGAGUAUUUUAAAGAAACAGGCCGUUGACCCCGUCUUUGGAAGUAGCCCCUUUGCAUGCCACGGUCAGUUUCUUGGGGAUUACCAUUUGUGUAAGGUGGCAUCAAAGAGAAGAAUGGGUCUUCUUCCCCAGAACAUCGGCAUUUCUAAAACAGUCCUAGAGCUGGAAAGUAAGCUGCUUCCAUGAGCAUGGAUUACCCAGCAGCUACUUUUUUUUACCAGAGACUGACUAGGUUUACAACUUCUAGUGCUACUCCCUGUGGGCAGACUUCUUCCAAAACAGAAAAGCCAGUGCAAUCUGAUUUCUUUUGCUUUUGUCAGUAAUGGAAUCUUUUGUUUUUAAAACGUACAAACCUGUAAGUCUAAACAGGUUUGUACUGCCAGCCUCCUUGGCUUAUCUGGGGGUGGAGCAAUUGUUUUAUUCCCCAGUUCCAGUGUGUCACCCACUUCCAACAUGGAACGUCCUUUGGAGCUGUGACAGGUCCCCGUUCUGAUUUAGAACCUCUGGAGGAGGAGGGGGUACCUUGGUCUGGUGUGACUUUGCUGUGCCUGUGCUGAGAGACCACAUGCCCAAGCAUCUGGUUAACCAGCAGGAAGUACAUCAGCCUGUCUCAGCCUGAGCCGCUUUGAAGACCGUGGGGUCUCAUUUCCAACUUUGAAGUGGUGAUGUGGACAAUUUGCCAACGUUCUCCUCUAUUACAAGUUCAGCCAGACGCCACAACUCAUCUGACCCCUUUUAUGGCCAAAUCAUCAUUCAGAGUAGGGAAUACUCAGACAUUCUGGGCAUGCUGUUCCCCCAGAGCGUGGUCAUCACAAAGCCCUGAGUUCCGGUAUGCGCCCCUGCCCCCUGGGUACACGAAGAGAAGGCAGGAAUCAGGAGUUCCAGAAGCAUAUACACGUGGCUACCCCAGCAACAAGUGCCUGCUGUGCUCAGAUAAGGUGCAUGGUGGGGAGUGUUUUUUCUCGCACACGGAGGCUUGGCCGUGGAGAUGGGCACCACUGCCGUUUGCUCGGAAGAAGGCUGGCCUCGUCCUAACUGCAUCCCACACCGCCCAGAUCACCUAGAAUAGGUUAUUUCUGAACAUUUUACAGAAUUUCUUAAUACCAUCCUGGUUUGGUCAGCCAUUCCUUUGAUUGGAAAGGUUAGCUGGCGCCUGUGGUACCUCGGGCACGUCCACACAACUGGCCACCUCUUCCCGUUAGUGACUACAGCAGACGGAACUUGAGCCCAGCACCUAAACAGUACAGGAAUUUCCCUUCCCACCAGGACUCAAGCACAUAACUCUGCCUCUGAUCUAGGAGGCUGGGGGAAGAGCCUCUCAUAAAAUCACACCUACUCUGUGGUAAGAAUAAAAUCCCACCCACCUGGGACUUGGUAAUUUUUCCAGACAGGAAAGCUUUAGAAAAACUUGAGUGAAAUGGAGCAAGCUUGAAGAAGUUAGAAUCUUCUGCACUUAGGGUUUGCUGCUGCUGCUGCUGCUGCUGCUGCUGCUGCUGCUGCUGCUGCUGCUGCUGCUGCUGCUGCUGCUGCUGGUGAGCUUAGAAUUUGGGGGUUGGGGAAAAGUGGAAGGCACGAAGCAUAGAAAUAUUUUAGGAUAUUUUAGGAUAUGUUAAUAAAGCUAGACUCAAACCAUCAUAAUAAUUUUUUUUUGACAAAAACGGUGAUGCUAACAAUAAAAACCAACUUGUGUGAAACUGAGUCAGUGGAGAAAUGCAUCUUGUAUUUUAGCCUAAGACUUCAGCUACCACGCACUACUGGACAGGGGUGUGUUAGCCUGAUCUUCAGUUUUCUCAUUGGGAAACCUCUGCUGUUAGAACCAAGUCCUCCUCCCUGGACACUUCAGAUGCCCCCUGCAGAAGCUGUGGGGCUCCUGCUCUAACCUUCCGUCAUAGCACUUAGCUUGUCUGGAUACGAGUCACCUGAAUUUUUCCUAAACAUCAUUCCAAGUACUCUGAUUUUGAGCAUUGGCAAGAACCAACUAAAUCGGAAUUCAGAGUUCCUGGUGGCUCUGCAUGUGCAGCUGAGGACCCCUGUCCUAAAUGGACUCAACUGGCCCAGCGCACCCUUCUUGGUGGCUUUGGGUGGGUCAGCCUUGCCCAAUUUGGAGUCACAGACCUUAGUUAUUCAUUUAACCAAUGGUCAUUGAGGGCUUACCCGGUGCCAUACUUCAAGACAAGCAUGGGUGUCCUGGCAAGAAAGUAUCGGCAAGAAAAUGUGAACCCACCAUUGGACUCUCCGCUCAAACCCCACUGAAGUCAGUGGCUGUAGCUUUAUCUGCGAGGGAUCCUAGAGUGAGGCUCCCACAUUAUUACUACUGGCUCUUCUCCCCACCUUCUGGCAAUGCUAAGGAAACCCUUCCCGGCCUUUCCUAGUGAUGGAGUAGGGACUUUGCAUAGGACAAAGCUUCAUGGUAGGUUAUUCCAAUAUAUUCCCUGAUAAAGUCCAAUAGGUAAAUUAGUCUUGGCAGCAGAAGGAACAGCAGGAGAAGUAAGUGACUCAUCAUCUAGAAUCCAGAAAAUUUGCACCAACAGAUGGCAGGUGGUUAUAACACACAGUUCUUGCCCUGAGAGUAUCUGGGGACCCAGCCAACAGCCGUCAAGCCAGGGCAGUCCUGCAGGAGAGAUGGCUUGUGAGCAUGACUGUGGACCCACAGUCACCCCAGAGCACCCACAUAAAAUGCUUCACAGACAGAGACACUAAGCGCAGCCUUGAGACAUUCAUUUCAAUUAAUAUCCUGAAAGACGAGAGCCAGAUCCAGCCGCAUCACAAAAGCAGGCACUCGAGGAAUGAAGCUUUGCUUUUGUUCAUGCUCUUACCUGCCAUUUUAAAUGGGUGUCUAAUGUCAAAUAAAGCCACCCUGCCUCUUGGGACAAA